GUUCUGACAACUGGCGGGACUUCUUCACAUGUUGGUUUGCAGCGUUGCAGAGCAGCAGCUUGUUUACAGACAUUGAAAACUUGCUUUGUGCAGUUUUACAGUACACCGCUGAUAAAAAACAACAGACAACAUGAUGGCUACAAACGGAAAGCACGCCGGUGGAUUAAAAGAUGACGAAAAGGUGUCUUUAAAUGGCAGCAAGGACGAUUUUGCUAACAAGUGUGUGGUAAACGGAGCUCACUCGAAGCUGCAGAACGGAGGAACCGGAGGGAAGACGGAGGAGAGGUUCACCUUCAGCACCGAGCCCACCGUGGAGGACAUCAGGCGGAUGCAGGCGGAGUUCACGGACGAGCGGGACUGGAAUCAGUUCCACCAGCCCCGCAACCUGCUCCUGGCCAUGGUCGGCGAGGUGGGCGAGGUGUCGGAGCUCUUCCAGUGGCGGGGCGAGGUGGCCGACGGCCUGCCGGACUGGACCGAGCCGGAGCGAGAGCAGCUGGCCCAGGAGCUCAGCGACGUCAUGAUCUACCUGGUGGAGCUCGCCGAGAAGUGUCGUGUUGACCUCCCACAAGCGGUGCUUCGUAAAAUGGCCCUAAACAGACUGAAGUACCCCGCCAGCAAGGUGCACGGGUCGGCCAAGAAGUACACAGAGUACCAGGACUGAGUUUGUGGGUGUGUGUGGUUCAAGACACAAGAUGUCAAUCAAUCACUUCACUGACAGCAUGCUGCAGUGUAACUUUGGACUAUACUACUGAACAUUGUAUUCCUGAGUUCAAAUGGCUUUUAUUCUCUUUAUGCUCUUAAUGUAUGUGUAUUUCCUGUGUUACACUUUGUUAGCCUGUUGCCUACAUAUGCAAAUACACAUUUUGUAGGCAGGGCACUUGCAUGCUGGCUUUUAUUGAGUUCAACUUUUAGCUUUUGUUUUUACCAAUCAUUGAUGUGCCUGCAGUGGAUUUGAGGCUAUGCAUACUAUUGUUGUUGUGCCUUUUGGGAGUAUUUAGAAGAAUAUUUCUCACUGAAUAUUUUAGAAAUUACAACUUUGCUCAAUUUUUAGGAGUGUAGGAUCAUAAAGUUGGAGUUGCAGCAGAUGAUUAUUGUCCUGAUCAUCCCUGACAAAAAGAUUAAUUGUUUUUGUGAAUAUUAGGUUUUUGAUUUGUCCUCCUUUCCCAUCAGGGUUGAAUCAACUCAUCUGUUUUGUUCACAUCACAACUGUCAAGAUUUUUGUCUGAAGUAAAAGUUGCUUAAACUCUG